CUUGCCUUAUGGGCUGGGCCUUCGGUCAAAUGUUGGUCAGUUACAUCACCGGCGCCCACCCUGCCGAACCGUACGGCUCGACACUCGCACUCGCCCCAGUUCAAGCCGUCCUCCACUCAGAGGCCUGGGUAUUCACCAAGAUGAUCGCCAAGAUCCGGGGCAAUAUGUCCACAAGUCAGACUUUGCGCCUUCAUUUCCGGAUGAUCAAGGGGGUCUUCCUGAGCAUGACCGCGUUCCACGUGUACAAGUCAUGUAGAUGGGGUAGCGUCUGGACGGGACCCGAUCGAGGAGCACACCGACUCUGGCUGCUGGCGACUGUGGCCUUCGAGUUGUUCUGUUUCAGUAUCGGACACUCUGCACUGGACCCCGAAAUACAAGAAGCUGUAGCCAAAGAAGAGGAAGAUCACCGCAAAAGCGAAGCAACUCGCCUUCAGGUGAUCCAGGAUCGCGAUGUUCAGGACGUCGCUCGAGCAGAGGAAGUUCUGUAGUAGGAUAGA